GGGAUCGACGGAAAGAAUGGCGUGAAAUUUGAAAGUUCUUUCGACGUGUUUACUACAACUAUAAUUGUAUCAUUAUUAUGAAUUUAUUAUGAUCAUAACAAUAACAUUUUUUUGUACCAAAAAAAAAGAUCUAGACCCGGACAGAUCAAGCAUCAAGUAGUGAAACAAAUUGGGACUCAUCCGAUGUGGAGCAAGUUGUCCUCCACGCUCGGGGCUUGUGCGAGUGCUGUCGUCAGAAACCCAUCGCUCGUUGACACGCUUGCGACCAGGGCGGCCUACUUCCUCUAUGGCUUGGAACGUCGCAGAGAUAUUCAGUCGGAGCUGGACCGAGAGAACAACGAGCUUUAUAGCUUGGCGAAGACAGUCGAGAGCGCGUUAUAUCCAGCAUGGCAGAGGGGUGCACUGGAAGAAGAAGAAUACAAGGAAUUCAAGCAGGAUGUGGACAGCGCAAAGGCACAUGCCCGGAGGGGGAGAUCGGAACAACCCGCCGCCAUCGCCGCCGCCAUCGCCGCGGAAGCUGGCGGGUUGCGCCUCUCCCUCGAAGAAGAGGCCGAGUCCGACGACGACAAGAACCAGACUGCGAGCGAACCACAUCGUCAACACUUAGCCGAAUUUCCGCAAAGGCUCAGGGCUAGGUCCGUUGCCGCAGCUGUCUAUUUCGCAGACGCAGCAUUUCGCGAUGGCGAGAACAAGAAAGCGACAGAACACAUGCAGCGCUCCGCGGAGCUGCAUAAACAACUAAUGAAUACUCUCACGAUUCUUCGGGGAAGUUUCCCCACUUCCUACGAUUGCCGUAAGGACAACGAGCACGACCACACCCGCUUGCAGUUGCAGCGGCCAUCCAUUGGAGACGGUUCUCCCCUCCCCCCUCUGCCCAAACGGAGGCGCAUUAGUAGCUUGGGCCACGUGGCAUCGGGUGAGCGGGAAAUGCGGGGACCACCACUGAUGGACGGGCGGCAGCGCGGCGAGUUCGAGAACCAGCCUUGUCCUCCGGUUUCCCGCCAAAAUGACGACCUUGACAGCCAGAUGGAGCGAGCAAGUGAAAUGUUUCGCGCGCAUUUCAAAUCGUCAGGUCAGCAGUGGCUGAAAGUCCGGAUACGGCGCGCAGUGGGCGCUUGGGAAGAAGAGAGGGAAGCAAGUGCUGAUGUACGCUCGGCAGGAGAUCGACAAAGAGGAGAACGAGGCGGUGAAAGAAGAGAAGGAGAAGGAGAAGAGAGAGGAGGAAAAGGAGGAGGAAGAGGAGGAAGAGUAGGCAUAGAAGGAGGAAGAGGAGGAGGAGGAGGAGAAGAAGAAGAAGGAGAGGGAGGAGGAGGAGGAGGAGGAGGAGGAGGAGGCGGCGGAAAAGGAGGAGAUGGACUAGGGAUCAAUUGCAUUCUCAAGAUUGUGUCUUCUGAUCCUAUCCAGCUGGAGAUGACGUGGACGCGGGGGUUCUAUUUUUAUCUGUUCGUUUCGUUCCCACCUCCGAGCCUCGACUCAGGGCCGCCAACUUUGCGGCUGGCUUACCCCACCGCCGCUGCGCAUGCAAACCAUGCUCCAGCGAACAGAGACAUUGAAGUAGCUGAGUUGGAUUAUAUCCGAUUCGGAGAAAGUUCUGAGGCAAGUCUUACUACGAGGCUUUUUCCAAGACCAGACUUGAUGGACGGCCUUGAGGAGUUCCUUCUCGGCUUGCCUGACACCAGCAUACCUCCUGUGAUAGUGAAGCUGUACGUCUGUAUGACGCGAAAGCGGUGCCCAUUUCUCUUCACACCAGGUCUCCGUGCAGGGACAUCUUCCCUUCCUCCUGGGCAGGAUCCUUUAACAUGGAAAGUCGCCAAGUGGGUUCUAGAAGAGAUGGACCAUGGCGAAGUUGUAACUAAGCGCAUCAAUGUGCUCAUACAGCCUGAUACAGGAAUGAAAGGUUGAAAAAAAUCGGUCUUGGUUUUCGGUUCUUUUCAGG